GCACAGUGCACACCGUUGUUCACACACUGUUUCCGUAUCCUCUGUAAACACUUGGUCAUUUCAAACGAUGUUCUCAACCGAGGUGGUUCGUUUGUCAGCUGUUAAUAAGUGAAUAUAGUUUUUUUUCUCAUUGAAAUAACAACAAAAUUCCGAAAGAAAAUCAAAUCUCAUACAAAGUAAACUUGCAGAUUUUUCCAUCGAUCGAUUUUUGUACAUACGGACAAGCGUUUAUUUUCUUUUCUAUAAUACAUUUUAUCGACUAAUUGACAAAUAAAAUCGAGUGUUUUAUGUGCUUUCAAAAGGAUAAUUUUGCAAGUGUGAUUCCCUAUAAAUAUGAAUUUUCGCGUGUGUAUCGCUAAGGAUAAUCGUUUGCUAUAGAAGUGAAAAUAAAAUCACCGAUUUUAUGACAUUGUCCUGUUUGUUAAAUUGAAAUUCAUAGUGUUGGCUAAGUGUGUGCGUGUGAGUGCGUGUGUUUCGAAGUGAUUUUCGGACAACGGAAAAUGAACAUUUUUUGGGUGUAUCGAACAAAUUGAUUGCUGAUUAUGAAUUUUCUAUGCGGUUGUUUGGCAUUAUUACUUUUCAUUCAUGCCGCAGCUGCGUUCUUGGGAACUGGAUUAUUGGAUAUAAACCUUUUCAAAUGCAUGCGACGAAAAAGUUUCUCAUGUCCACACGAAGAUAUCGAUUUCAUACUGCAUACACCAAAAAUUCCCGAUGGAAGAUACGUGGAUGUGCGAAAACCAUCGACAUUUGUGAAUUUCCGGCCGCAUGAAGAGACGGCAUUCAUUGUGCACGGUUUUAAUGGCACAGCCCGUGAUAAACAUAUGCGAUACUUGAAAGACGCAUAUUUGUCGAGAGGGUUCAAUGUGGUUUUAGUGGACUGGAAAAAAUUAACGUACUAUCCGUGCUAUUUUUCCGCCUUGGGGAACACAAAACUCGUGGCCCAAUGUACAGCACAGGUAUACGCAUACUUAACCUACAGAGGCUCAGAUAACUCUCAAAUGACAUGUGUCGGACAUUCGUUAGGUGCUCAUAUAUGCGGCAUGGUUUCAAAUCAUUUGACAUCUAAACAGCAUAAAAUUAUCGGAUUGGACCCUGCGCGACCUUUAAUCGAACGGCAUGCAUCGCAUGGCUAUCGUUUGACGCGAGAUGAUGCCAAUGUUGUGCAAAUUAUUCACACAAAUGCAGGAACAUUGGGACAACAAUCGUUAACGGGUUCGCUGGACUUAUGUAUUAAUGGAGGAAGUUUACAACCAUUUUGCCGUCGCGGUUUACGAUUAAAUCGAAAUCGAUGUAGCCAUUUCUUAAGUGUAUGUUAUUUAGCCAAUGCAAUAUUCAAACACAAAUUGUUCCCAUACAAAGCGUGCCCAAAAGGUUGCGUCAAGAACAAUUCACCAUUAUUCGGCCUAACCAGAUAUACAUUCAAACCAAUGCAAUACUCUAGUCUGAUCAAAUUAAUGCACAUUGGACAAGAUGUACCUGAAGAAACGACCGGCUCAUACUGCGUCCAAGUAGAUUUUGCCAAACAUUGUCCAUUUAAUGAAGACGACUGAAAUCCGUUGUAUUUUGUUUGAGUUUUAAAAAUGUUUGUUCGAAAUCGAUAUUUAAUAAAGUUCGCAAUUAGAUUUAGUUAAAACAA